AUGAAUGAUCAACAUUAUAACGCUACAUCUGGCUUGUCACCGACUUCGGACCAUGGGAGUCCUACGAGGGACGACGCUAGGUCGUCGGUAUCAAACCAUUCGUGGAAAAAGAGGGUAUCGACGGCAUGUUUGGCUUGCAAGAAGUCGAAACGAAAGUGUUCCGGAACGCCGCCUUGUGAAAACUGUCGUGCUUUUCAACGCACUUGUAUUUUCGAUGAAUCACUUGAUCAACGACGCCGGGUUGCAGCCAAACGUACAGCUGAUGAGCUGGGCUAUCACCGUGACCUUCUGAAUGAUCUCUUUAAGCUUGUCCGUGAGGCAGAUGAGUCUUAUGCUUUGGAGCUGCUAGAAAUAAUUCGACGGAAUGCUCCUCCCCAUGAAGUCAGAUCUUACAUUGAUAAAACACUGGCCAUACUGGGUGCCGAUAACACCACCCCCCGGGAGACAGUGGCCAGGUUGGAGGAUGUGCGUCACUUUCUCAGUGUCGAAGCUGAUGGACCUGCCUUUCGAAGCAAGGUCAUGGAUAUUCAUUAUCUUUGUGAUGAAGCUCCGUUGAAAGUACCUGCACACCCAUGGACGACUGUCACGGAUGACGCAGACUUGGUGUCAAAUCUUGUCUCACUCUAUUUCACCUGGGAUUAUCCAUUCCAAGGAGGGUUGGAUCGAGAUGUUUUCUUGAAACAUAUGGUUAGUGGGGAUUUGCGGUCGGAGUUUUGCAGUCCCUAUCUGGUAAAUGCGAUGUUGAGUAAUGCCUGUUAUUUCUCGGAUUUCUCGGAAGCAUAUGUUGUCCCAGGGAAGAUUGCCUCGAAAGGCUGUGACUUCCUCGCUGAAGCCGAGAGAUUAAAAGAGCUCCAGAGUCCUCAACCUAGUCUUGUCUUAUUACAAGGGACACUUCUCAUGUACGAGAGGUAUGCCAUGUCGCACAACAACGACCUCGGAUAUUUCACACUGCAUGAAGCGAUCCGAAUCGGGGAAUCCCUGGGCUUGGUUGGAGACAAAGGACCAAGAAUAGCAUCCGGCCAGUUAUCCAAAGACAUGGAUUUGUCCUGCAGAAGGGCAGCGUGGGGACUCUUCAAUAUUGACACGACAAUCCAUACUGGUUUUCUCAGAUCAUGUUUAAUCAAUCAGGUCAAUCUCCCCCGUAUUGAAGAUGACCUCUCCACGGUUCAGCCUCAGUGGACUCCUUAUCCGACACAUCGAAAGCCGCGCCCAUCAUACCUCAAACCCUUCUUCGAUGAAGCGUGCAACUUAUCCACGAUUGCGCGUGAUAUUUCACAUACUAUGUUUGCAGGUCAUGCUCGGGAUAAGUCUCUUCAGCGCCAGAGUCGAGAGUUGUUAUACGAGCGACUGUUAAGGUGGCAGGCUUUGUUGCCUGAUGCUUUUGCGACAUCAGAUCCGCCACCACAUAUCAUACUGUUGAGAAUGCGAUACCAUACCUUGACCAUCAAUUUAUUCAGCUGUAUCUCAGACAGCGAAUUUUCAAGCAUUACAUCUGAUGCACCGCAUACGCCUGAAAGCCCUCCCAGGCAAACCCCCGAAUCCAAAUAUAAUGCCUGGGAGGUUACGCAAUCUGCAGCUCGGGGUAUAGCUGAACUCACCCAGCUACAUCGACAGGAAUAUGGGCUAAGCCGAGCACAUCAAUUCGCCAUGUAUGCGAUCAACCUAGCGUUAUUUACCCUGUUGGAACAAGAGGACUUUGAUGUCCUUGACCAGGAUUUCUUGUCUCUAGCCAGCGCCUUUUCCAUUGUCGCAAGUCGAUCGGCACUUGGACGAAACCUGUUUCACAUCUUCCGACAAUCCGUGCGAGCCAAGGCCCAGGGUGAUCGGAUCCGUGGGGCAAGCUCCAUAUCGGAUGAGUUGAAGGACCUAUUUGAUGAGGGAUCAAGUGGGAGAGGUCAUGAUCGCUUUGAUGAUUAUGCCGAGGGGCUGGAGAAGCUAAAUCAAGAGCAAAAAUACCAUGGUAUAGGAGGGGAAGGCGGUACCAACCUCCAGGAUUAUCCUGGCAUGGGACUUUCGGAUAUGCUUGAUCGAUAUGAAAGUCUAAGUCUGGGAAAAGAUGACGUUUUCCUGGAACGAUAUCGUCCCAUGGGAUGCUGA